AUGCCGUACACCUCGCCCUUCACUCCUGCGUCCAAGGCAGACCCUUCUCCUGCCACUACAAGCCUCGAAGCUCGCCUCAAGAACUACGAAAGUGCUCUCAAGUCCUCUGAGGCCGAGCUUAAGAAGAUCGCGCCCCUCCUCGAGCGCAAAAUCGACAAGCUCACUGUCAUCAACACUGCAUACAACCAGACCGGGAGACAGGAUAUAUGGUUGCCAGCUCAUACUACUCUUUCAAAGGAGGCUGAGGGGUUGGAACAGCGGAGAGAUGAAGUGGAGAGAGAUAGGGUGAAAUACGCGGCUGCUGUCAGAGCGGUACGAUAUAAUUUAGCGACGGCGAAGGAAAAGGAGGAAGCUAAUUAUAAGGAGGGGGAAGCGAAGAAAAGCGAGGAUAAUGAGACCAACAAGGCUGGAGAGGGCGCUAAGAAAGAUACAAACCCGAAUGAAGAUUUGGAUGAGGUAAUGCAAGAUGUGUGA